CAUAGCAGGUGUGGAGUAUAGCGUGAAAUGCAGAGCUCGAGUCAUGCCAUUCAUUAUGCAAUUCCCAGUUUGGCGGCAAAACAUUGAAUGCCACGAUUUGAGUGAAAAUGCAAUUCAACGAAAACCGAGAGAACCGACGCUUCACUGGUCUGGGAAUCGCCAAAGAGUCCACUCAUGUGACGGACGCCAGGACUAAGCCAUACGAGUCGUGUAUUAACUUCUAUACAAUCCCUCCGUUCGGGAAGAUAUCGCUCGAAGAGUCCGAGGAUUUGGUCGCCGAAAGACUCAAUCUUCUUAUGGUUUGCGACGAAAUGCUUAAGGGUUUGGAGAAGACGGCGAACCGGAAGAGAAGUAAACCCUAUUUUGAAAGCCUUGAGAAUCGGUUAAUAAGCGCUGAAUCCAAAUACGAGAAGAACUUGUAUUUGGGGUCGAAGACACACUCCAAGAGUACGGAUCUGGAGAACGCCAGAAGAAGGGAUCAAAUCUCACACUUUUUGCUGCGAAUGUAUUACUGCCGAAGCGAUGAACUCAAGCGAUGGUUUAUUAGCCGCGAGUGCGAGAUAUUGAGAGUCCGACUCAUGGAUCCCAAAAUUAUACCCGAAUUGCCGUCAAUUUUGUCCAAAAAUGGAUUUAAUUUUGAGCCCAUUUCAGGGGAGGAGAGGAAUAGUAUGAAUCAGAAAAUCAAUUGGAAUCAGUCUUUGCGUAAUUCGGCUGAUGCUGUGGUCUAUAGAAUACCAUUUGAAGAAUCGUUGGAUGCGAUCAGAAACAGAAAAGUAUACCUAAACAAUGGAUUCGCGUAUAUUAUGGUUCAGGACAUGUUAAUGCAGUUAUCGUUACAUCAAUUAGAAGAAGACCAGCGACUCAUUCCUCGACUGCAUUCAAUGCACACACAAAUCAUAGACAACCGGAACAGUAGUGUGAAGACUGAGGACGAAUUGGGCAGAGAAAUAGUGAGACCGCAGAUGAUUGACAGUCUAUCGAAAGAGUCAUUCCCUCCGUGUAUGCAAAACAUUCACGAAAUACUCCGAAAAGAGCAUCACUUGAAAUAUUACGGUCGCGUCCAUUACGGCCUCUUUCUCAGGGGUAUUGGUCUCACUCUUGAGGACGCGUUGGACUUCUUUCGCGAAGAGUUCAUCAAAAAGACAACACCAGAGAAGUUCCAAAAAGAAUACUCUUAUGGUAUUCGCUAUAAUUACGGGAAAGAGGGCCGAAAAGUGGCCGGAAUGGCGUACGGCUGCAGCAAAAUCAUUAACAACAACCCGCCCGGAGUUGCCGACACUCACGGCUGUCCUUUCAAGCAUUUCGAUGCCAAUCAUUUGAAACAAUUUUUGCGCAAACAUGACAUCAAAGAGAAUGAGUCCAAUGAAAUUGGAGAGAUUGUGGAGAAAGAACAAGAUCACGUGAAGGCCUGUUCCAAGUACUUCUCAUGUAAGCAUCAAUGGUAUCCCGAAAUCAGUUUCAAUCAUCCGAACCAAUACUACAAAGAAAGUCGAAAGGCGUUUAAGAUGUCAUCUUUGACUCCACCAGAAAGUGGACAACUAGUGAAUGACAUGAGUGCUGCCGAGACAACAGUCGACUCUUUAGAUGAGUCAGUGUUCGAAACUGAAGAUGAAUUCGACAGAUCGGUGGCCGCCAUGGAUUUGGAUGUCACAGUCACUGAACCCGUGGUUAACAUUGAUGUCACGGAUACUGAACCCAUGGUUACUGAACCAAUGGUUAGCACUGAUGACGCGGUUAUUGAACCACUGGUCAACACUGAUGUCAUGGUUACUGAACCCGUGGUUAACUCUGAUGUCACGGUUACUGAGCCCGUGGUUAGCAUCGAUGUCAUGGUUACUGAACCCGUGGUUAACUCUGAUGUCACGGUUACUGAGCCCGUGGUUAGCAUCGAUGUCACGGCUACUGAACCCGUGGUUAACACUGAUGUCUCGCAGGAAUAA